GGCGCUUCAUAACUUCAAGCUGGCAGGGCAGAUUCCAAGCACCAUCACCAACCUUAACAAGAUCACUCUAUUUGAUCUUGCGAGCAACCAGAUACCAGGAAGCAUCCCUGCCGGCGUGUCUGUGCUCAGCCUGCUGAAAUACCUGGGUAUAAACAACAAUGCACUCACCGGUGGGAUUCCAACUGAAAUUGGUUCCCUCACCAGCCUCACAGCCCUCUAUCUCAACGUCAACUCGCUUUCAGGAACCAUACCCAGCACGAUCUCCAAGCUUACUGCACUCUCAAUUCUAUCUCUUUCGUCCAACCUGAUUACCGGCGCCAUCCCGCCGGGGAUUAGCUUGCUGAAAGCACUGUCAAUCCUGGAUCUUUCAAGCAACCAGCAUUCAGGAACUAUUCCCUCUGGGUUUAGCACACUCUCUCUACUCACUAUCUU